AUGGUGCAAAAGAAGAUCACCGAAGUCACUGGAUUCCAUCGUUCUUUCAAGGUGAGUUACUGUUUCUAUUAGAUUGCGUUGGUUACGAGAUGGAGAAGUGGGACCAGGCUGCAUCUGCAUAAUAUUUCACUGGACACCGUAUCAGCUGUGACAUUCUUGAAACUUGAUUCAAUAUUCCAAAAUUGUAAUGGAUGCCAAGAGACCAUGGCCACUAACUAAUGUGUUGAUCAUUUUGAACAAGGCUGAACUGUUAUUAUUUGAAAUUCACCCGUUUGUUCUUCUCACCUAGGGCCAAAAUCCAUUUGAGGGUGAUGAAUUCACAAAAAAUGGUUCCCUCCUUAAUUCAGACUUCAAUUUUGAUUCAUCGAAUAGACAUGGUAAGUGUAUUCCUUUUGUUUCUUUUACUGAACACUUGACUAAAGUUAAUCCAAGAGGCCAAUAUCAGCAUCCUGGGACACAAACUCAGUAGCAGCAUUUCCUAUGUUAAGUACCACCCUGGUAUUCUAUAGUAUUGUUACUGAUUUUUGUGAUUGUGUAGAUAUUCCCUCCAGCCAGCCUAUUGACAUCCCCGAUGCCAAGAAGAGAAAUAAGAAAAAAAAGCGUUGCAGGGCAACUGACAGCUUCUCUGGCCGAUUUGAGGGUGAGUCAUUUUCUUAUCUCAUCUAAAGGACCGAUUCUGUAGAUUAUAGUAAAAAAAAUACAUUUUUUUAAACUAGCUGGUCAAUUUUAAAAAAUAUAUAAAUGUGUCCUACCAGAUGUCUACAGACUGCAGGCAGAGGUUCUUGGAGAGGGGGCUUAUGCAAGAGUACAGACAUGCAUCAACCUCAUCACCAAUAAAGAAUAUGCUGUGAAGGUAAGACAUUUCUAAUGCUGCACAAGUUCUCUAAAAAGGAACCCCAAUAGCAUGGAGUGCCUGAACAUGUUCUUGUUUUGAGUGAUUUGUAGGACACUUUUAUAGGAAUGGUUAUUGAAGGCUCUCCCAGGAUAUUGCGAACCUCAGAGGAUAAUGUUUGAAGUGUGCGUCAUGCUCCUGACAAGGGCCUGUGACUGCUAUCAUCUCACAUUGCACUUCCUUGCUGCCUUGGCAUGUGAUCAAUAUGGAGAUGUUACAUUGUAGAUAACUGCACAUGGUCACCUGAUCAUUAGCCCCACUGGGAGGAAUUGCAAUGGAAAUGUAGGCCCUGAAUCAAUUUUAAUGGUUUAAUGGUAUAACCUAUAGAUAUACAUGAGGUUGUGGACUACAUCAAUGUCCUCUCUGGCAUCUAAAUUUGUAGCCUGUACUCUUGUAACCUUGUUUGGGACAUUUUUCAAUUCCCUAGACAGACAUAUUUGUUCUGUUCAGCCCUUUGAAACGGAUGUCUGAGGCUCUCAGUCAGUGUUUUGCUGCUGUGGUUUUAUGGGCACUGGGGGCCUAGCUACUGCUAGCACAGAAACUUCCCCUCCCUGUGUUUUUCUGACUCUGCCAGCUAAUCAGAGCCAGCAGAAUUCUACAUCCACCCCCUCUCUUUGCUCUCAUUCGUCAGCCAGGCUCCUAGUGGUGGGAACAUUGUGUACUGUCAGCAGUGCCAAAACAUGAGGGGGGGGGGGGGGGGGCUGGUAAGGGUUAUGGCAUGGGGUGUUUACACUUUUUUUGUUCCUCUAGAACAGUUCUGUUUUUUUUCUUCUACAAAAUGGGCCGUAGAUUGAAAAAUUUGUUGGAUUCCGGAGCCUUGCCUCUUUUCUCUUUUGCCUUGAGGAAGUAAAUGUUGUGAAAUUCAGUUUUGGCAGUUUUUCAUUUUGCGGAAGUGAUGUAAGAUUUAGUUUGUCCAUAUUUUGUAUGGAUUCCUUGUAUACAGCUGCAAGACAGACAUUACUUUUGCAUCCAGUAUAUUAAUGGUAUUUGUUCCCUUCAACUCUUUCUAAUAAACAUACUAGUGUUAAAUAGUUUACUAUGGAGGGAUCCUUUGGGGAGGAUUCUAGGGGGUGGGGUGUGGGAAAACCAGUGACUCGGUCAGUUGGGGCUAGGAGUGGACUCCGACUGCCCAGAUGUCCUCGCCAGCCACCCCUCCCCCUCAACGGCUGGAAGGGGGGCGGGGGCUCCUGGUGUUGCAAUCCCAGCAAAAGCCAAAGCUGCAGGAAAACAAACUCAAAGGGGCCUGCCUUUCCUGCCUGGCUAGCUGCGUCCUGGGGUCCUGCAUAUGGUGUGCUCCUUGGCGUUCACACAUUUGUUAAUUUACAGACCUGCAGUAUGACUCAAUGGGGCCCUCUUUCUAAAGCUGCAGGGAUUUAUAUUCUCCCUGGAGGUGAUGGGUGACUGUCUGCAACAGGACAGUAAAACCUCCAAGGACAAAGGGGGCUCACCCCCACAGCUUUAGCUAUUCAUUUAGCCAUCUGUCAAUUUUGCCAUUAUCAGUUAAUCGAUACUAGUGUCUGCUGUGCUACAUGUAAGCUACUCAUUGGCGGUUGUGUUGUGAUCAGGAGAAAGUCACUGGUUGGUGCGGACUCUGUUUAGAACAGUGCUGAGGCUUUGGGAACACACAGGCCCCUAAUCCUAGACACACAUUGUGCUCUGGCCCGGUGGGGUUCAAUGGCAGCCCUAAUCCAGCGAGCAGGAAGAGCAUCACAUACACCCUCAGACAAUGAGAGGAGGGUGUGUCUGGAAAAUUCAGGCCUUUGCUUUUAGUGUCAGCAGUCUCUCUUGGCUGUGCAGCAAGCUGGGCUGCCAGGCAGCAAACCACAACAGCACUACAACUAUAUUUAGUCGUCGCUCUAUUGUCGAUACAACUCUUUGGGAACCGUUUGCCUUGUGAUUUCAUGUAGCAAGCAUGGAAGGUUGGAAUAUGGUAUACACAUGUAUACUAUAUUUAGAGGUGUGGCGCCUUGAUUCUCCAUCCAUUGGCUCUCUGAGAUUGUUACCCCAGCGGCCCUUAACCCAGACUCCUCCAUUCCAGAUCAUUGAGAAGAGACCCGGUCACAGCCGCAGUCGCGUCUUCAGGGAGGUGGAGAUGCUGUACCAGUGCCAGGGUCACAGGUAAGAUUACUGCCUAGACGCCCAACCACAGGGCUGACUUCUGAGUAAUACAUUUUAGUGGAAAGCACCAUACCUCAUCAGACCCUCAUGGCACUGUAAAUGAGCAAUGCCCUGAGCCAAGUCUUUAGUUAUUCAAUACAUACAUUCCCUGACUGACAAAUCUGUUUAAGUAAUGACUGUCAUGUGAUUAAGUGUGACCACAUAAUGAGUGUCCUGUUUCCUUCACUGCAGAAACAUCCUGGAGCUGGUGGAGUUCUUUGAGGAGGAAGACAAGUUUUACUUGGUGUUUGAAAUGCUCAGAGGAGGUGAGUGCUUCUAACAGGGGUUAAACGCUUUAAGAUGUGAGAUGCACCAGUUCCUUCUGCAUGCUUCUCAUAGAAUUUCUUAGUGUAUUUUAAUACAGGCACUUUUUAUACAAGCCAAUGUGAUAGGGUUGAGCAGAGUAAUAAGUGUCUUGUUGACCUGCAGGUUCAGUCCUGGCUCACAUCCACAGGAGACUACACUUCAGCGAGCAGGAGGCCUGUGUUGUGGUGCAGGACAUCGCCAGUGCUCUGGAUUUCCUGCAUAACAAAGGUAAGCCUCCUACAACAGGGUUGAGCCACAGGCCAGGGCUCGCCUGGCAGGCCAAGAGGGAGGAUGGGGAUUCAUUUGGGGACUGGGAAGGGCGCUGGCAUCUGGAGAUGGGCUGGCUGGCAUUUCUCAUGAGGGCUUUACAUUGCUGAUCUGGUUUCAGCAGAUAGUUAGAACGCUCGGCCCACUGUAAUCUACUUCUGGGUAGAAUAACAAAUGGGUCAAAGGUCUUACGUGUUCCCUCCACACCUGGGCUGUUAGGUCAAGGCCAUGGUUCCCAUGUGAUCCCUAGCAGUGGCCCAUGCUGGUCAUUUGACACAUGCUAAAACACAUGCCCACCCCUACUGUCUAUUGCCUAAUUAUACAUACAUCAGAAUGACGCUGCUUUUCCUUUUUACAGGAAUGGCACAUAGAGAUCUGAAGCCGGAGAACAUCUUAUGUGAGCAUGCGGACAAAGUAAGUUUCCAUUUACAGGUGUCUUGAUUUGUAGGUAUCUGUAGCCACUGGCACAUUGGGCACUCUAAUCUGGAGUAUGAUUGCCCAUGAAUUGCCUUCCUCUGAUGUGCCAUCAUAGUCAAUGGCGCCGUAAACCACAACCAGCACCCUGGUCACAUCUCUUGAGAAACAGCAGAAAUAAUUAUGUUUUGUAACAUUUCUAAAAUGUGCCUAUUUCCCUUCCUUUGUAGAUCUCGCCUGUGAAGAUCUGUGACUUUGACCUGGGUAGUGGGAUCAAGCUGAACAGCGACAGCUCUCCCAUUUCCACCCCCGAGCUCCUCACUCCAGUAAGUCAGUCUACUACACUCUGUUGGGCCAGUCCAGUUUUGACCGCAUGUAAAUAGGCCUGUGGCAAUGCUUUAGGCGGGAAACCGAAAUUAUAUGGAAAGCAGAGGUGGUGUGACUAUAGAGACGUGGCACAAAAAAUACAUUUACAUUUUAGUCAUUUAGCAGACGCUCUUAUCCAGAGCGACUUAGUUAGUGAGUGCAUACAUUAUUUGUUUUUAAAUUGUCAUUGUUUUUUGUAUUUUUCUUCAUACUGGUCCCCCAUGGGAAACGAACCCACAACCCUGGCGUUGCAAACGCCAUGCUCUACCAACUGAGCUACACAGGACUACCAAUGAGGGCUUUCUUGUGCCUUUGUCUGAGGCAGGCUGAUAUGCAGGGUGGUUUUACAAUUCUGCUCCCUGUGUAGAUUGGUUGGCCUGUACGGUAUUGGACAAGCCCAGGUGGUGUCACCUGCAGGAAGUCCUCAUUGGGAACCAGGGAGAAGGUGUGCUGGUAUCUGAGGUCAAGGACAAAGUUUACUGUCGGCUGGUUUUGUUGUAAUGAUGGGGAUUGACUCUCAGCCUGUGUAUAAAAACACAACUUUGGCACACUCCUAUCUGGCAGCUCCUAUGAUUAGAUCUCUGAAUAGCACUUAUCAGCUCCAUUCAGAUUCCCAAAAGUAUCUACAUCCUGCUACUUAUCAGUGUAAAUGGUGAGUGAGGCACAUGGGGCUAGGUUAUGAUGGUUAACCCAAAGUUUCAUAAAAAGAUAACUGGCUUUAAACCCUGAAUGGCACAAUGUUACUGGAAUGCAUCAAAUGUAACGGGCACCCAUCCCAUUCUGUGCCUCCUGUCAGAGGGAGGGAGAUGGAUGUGAGCAGGUGAACCUGAUGGCCAGGCUAGUUAGAGGGGGGAAUGUGGAGAAAUGUAGGAGGUGGGGGAUUUUGCAUUGUAACGUAGCUUGGGCAGCCUGUUGGCAGGUCAACCCUGGCCUGGACUAUUUGUGGGUAGUGUAGUUUGGCCCAUGUUGGAGACAGACAGGGCGGCGUGAGCGCUGAGUGGUCUUCCCCUCUGUGAUCUUUGGUCUCAGCUCUCUCAGGGCUGUCUGAGGGUGGAUGAUAGCCUUGCCUGCAUCCCCCCUCUGUCCUCUGGUUUCAACAACAGCCUGGUCUUUGUUAUCUGAGAGAUUGACCUGGCCCUGGGUCAGACUGACAGACCUUUUUGAAUGAAGCUAGUUUGUCCUUCCUGUGUAAAGAACUAUAUGUAAUAUCUUGGAGGAGGAAUAAGGCUACAGGGAACAGAUUGCACAUUUGCAAAGCCCUUGAGGCCAAACCAUGCUACUGUAUGUGGAAGUGGUUGAAUGAGAAGCUUAUUUUCCUUAACAGUAAUUGGAACGAGACAAUGUCUCCCGUCACUGAUCCUCUGCUACAUUCCUCUGGUAUCACUUGAGCUGUAACAUGCAGAAACUGAAAUAACAUUGCCACCCACCCUCCGGUCUCUUCUCUUGCACUGUAAUCUCCACCCACUUUGUCACCACAUUUGUGCAAGCCUGCAUUUCUCUUUGUAUUCAUGACACAAAAGCCCCAUGUCUAAUGGUUGUUUUAGAGAAAUUGAGUUGCCCUUGUGCCUACUAGCAACUGUGCUUUGAUUGGCUGAGGCAGUGGGAGGGGGAGAGGGAGGGAGUGGCGUGUGUACCCAGCGCUGCUCAUGCGCCUCGCCCUUGUUUUUCUUAGUCUCUGUUCAGGCCCAUCUUAACUGAUUUUCAUUUCUCUCCUGCCACUUUUUUUCCUCACAUGCCUGCACUUAGUGUGUCAUUCCCCAAUGUUUCAUAGUAUUUACAGAUGUUGUCAUGUGCUUGAGUAAAUUGAAUUUGAUAGAAAGCUAGGGCUGUCCCCAACAAAAAAUAUAAUCUUGGUCGACCGAGAGUCGUCCUGUUUAAACUUAGGGUGUGUCUAUAUGGAAAAAUAGGCCUAUGUGUUUGAAUAAAAUCAACUACAUAUGCACUGCGCUUGUCUGAUGCUUUAAGCACACUGUUUGAUUAAAUAAUUAAGACACACAAAUGACUCCAGAAAGAGCCCGAUGGUCACACUGUGUUAAAUAAAAUGACAGCACGUGCCUGUGUGACUGGCGCACGUUGUCUCGCUCUCCUACCUACUGCAGCAAAAAGGCAUGACAGCACAGCAAGUGUUUAUUGCGCUGUCCGUGCUGAAGCUGCAACAUUAAUUUCUUCCAUUUGGUUUCUUACUUGUUUCUCACUGAAAAGUUCUGUUACCGAAUGAAUGUCUCGUAUGCAGUGUGAUGGCAUGAACAAAAGAGUGAUUGAUUCAGUAGCCUAUAGAUUGAGAAAUAGGCCUAAGUAAGUUACGGUAUUAAUACUAAACAUGACGCUCUCUUAGGCCUACAGCUCGAUGGUGGUUAUACAAGGCUACUAUACAAAGCCUACUAAUGAUGGCGAUAUUACUUAUUAUAAUAAUAAGGAGAAAAAGGAGGGUGUAGGACUGAGCGCUGCGUGUUUGUGUAUUAUGAGGUGCUUUUAGAUGACAAUAUUUUUCUGCGUGUUUGGAACAGGGUAAACAACACUAAAUACAUUAAGUAAUACCAGUUUGUUCUAACAAUUUUUGUAAAGCCUUUAUUACAGCAUAGCAAAGAUUGAAAACAGUCAAAUCUGUGAAAUUGCUUUAUCCAACAGUCUUUCCGUUGCAUGAGGCUUGGCGCUCACGGAAUCAGUAAGCUAUUAAACAAACAGGCAACAGAAGCAAGAUCUGUUUUUAUUUCUAUGGAUAUAUAUGGAUGAUUUAUAAAGCCAGGCAUGUUUUAAGUUAGGCUAUUAAUUAUAGACCUUAAUUAAGUUUGUUUCCGCUCUCCUCAAGUUUCUUAGACAAUUAGGCUAAGGCAAGGGCUGUUUCCUCAUCUCUGCUGCUGCCUCCGCCGCAGUUCUCAUCCCAAUAUGCUGCUUAACUUUGCUAUUAUGCAAAUAGCAACAUAGGGAAAGAUGCCAAUUUUACGCCGCACUGAAGAUUGUUUCAGAUUCGCAAACAUAUCCAAUGUGUGAGAGCGCAUUUGUUAUAAAAUAUUCAAUUUAUUAGUGUUGCAUCAUUUUUAUUUUUACAUAAUAUAAUAAAUACAAUUUCAGUAUCACAUGUCUUAGAGUGAUGGACUGUGCCAUCCCCACGGCCUUCACAAUGGAACCAUGAACAUUUUUUAUAAUUGCGACUGCUCGACUAAAGAAAUCUUGGUCGAACCAACAGCCUAUCAACCAACCAGUCGACUAAAUGGGGUCAGCCCUAUAGAAAGCACACUUAGGCAAUUUAUAUGUUUACUGUACUUGAGACUUCAGGUGGAGAAGGGUUUGACUUUCAGGGAAUGGUCUCUUUUCUGAGAAUCAUGUUAGUGUUUUCCUGAGAAUUUAGCGGUGUAAUCAGGUAUGCAUGGGCCUGUGCUGCGCCUUAAAGCUGCAGUAUAACUUCUUGGGCGGCCCGACCAAAUUCACUUAGAAAUGUUAUAGAUCUGUCAUUCUCAUUGAAAGCAAGUCUAAGCGGUAGAUCUGUUCUGUGCUCUAUUUGUUUUUUUUACUUUCCCAGUUCACCAGUUUCAAACAGUAGAAAUGUAAUAUUUUUGGUUUAACAAAUGUAUUUCACAGCGGUUUAUAUGGUACAAUGACUACACACUAUCCAAUGCUUGUUUUGUCACAAACUGAAAUUAGGGGAAUUUAGAAUUUUAGAAACCAGGAAAUGGCGGAGAGAUUUCUGUAUACUACAGCUUUAAGGGGAAUUCACAGGACUUUUCAGAGGUUUGUCAGGCACUCGGUGCAGCUGAGGUGCUGAUGAAAGACCAGCGCCUCUUUCUGUAAGCUGUCCUCAAGCAGCGGUGUUAUGAGUUGACUGGUCACAUGGUUAGGAAAACCCCAGGUUGAGGAUUUGUUGGAAAAAUCACAGCAGAUGUCAACUGAUUAGCCACUUUCUUUGUCACCGCAAGGACUGAAGAGGCAAAGACUGCAAGUCUUCAUUAGUAUUGCACCAGCAGGAUGAAGUUGAUCUACUCUAGAAAGUCAAAUCUGCUGCUGUACACGUAUCAGUUGAGCAGAGCUCCCUCAUCUUAUCCCCUUUUGCCGCCCCAUAUCCUUAUUGUCGUCCGGGUUUGGCCGAGGUAGGCAGUCUUUGUAAAUAAGAAUUUGUUCUUAACUGACUUGCCUAGUUAAAUAAAGAUUACAUUCCAUGCCCUGAGCAGUCAUGGGCUGGCUGGCUAGCCUGUCUGUGAAACAUAAGUACUCUUUGGAUUAUCAUAAUCCCAUUACUCCUCAAAAGCACCUUGGUGGACAAAUAUACUUUGUUCCAUGAUGCUGUUGCUAGGCAGGGCAAGCCCAUGUUGGUGAUUUCUGGUAUACCAUCAAAAUCAAUUGCAGCAUGUUUUUUAGACUCAUUCAGCAGUUUUUUUUACCUGCUUUUAAGGACCAUACCAUUUGGAAAUUAAUGUUGAAAGUUACAUUUAUAUUCCUAAAACUUAAGCUGAAAAUUAUGCUGUCGCUGCUUCCUGUUGACAAUACAUUUUUAUAAAAUGCCUAAUGUCAACAGUUUUAACGUGUCCAAAUCAAUAACCAAUAUGCAGAAAGUUUGAUAUAUUGAGAACAUAGUAUAUUUUGUUUAUCUACACGUGCAACAUUAGUAAUCAUAUUACUUGUAAUUUUUAAACGGGCACCUUAUAAACUGCACACUCACCAAAAACCGUGUUUUGACAAGUGGCAAUAAAUCACUAAUCAUCGACUUUAGGGGGGGAAUCGUGUUGUACGCGCUUUUGAAACUAACACCCAAAAAAUACAUGAACGCGAAACGCAACACGUUGUCAACUCCUAACAAUAUCACGUUUAAAUCAAUUGCGUGAGAGGAUGGAGAUGAGGUUGCACGUCCUGUUAACUAACACAGCUCAAAAACCUCAUAGAAUUACCACAUCUGGGAAUGUGUAAGUCACUGGUUAGAGGACAAUUUGUAGAAGACUGCUGGCUACAUUUUGAAGUGUUGCAUUUUGAUUCAAGUGGCUUGCCGAUGCGGUUAAUGUAAAGCAACACUUUUUUGGGGUAAAUUACUUCCAUCGAUCAUGCUAAAAUCAAUAGAAUGGGGCAAACAUUUGGGGUGUAGCGCUGUUGAAACUAACAAUAUUUAAAGGCCACAUGGAAACUUGGAAUAACCUAUACAUGAUUGGUUAGAUGAGAACUUGUAGAAAGCUUAUCUAUAUUUUGGAAUGUUGAUUUUGGGAGUCUGCCAUCAUGGAAAAGGUAACAAACCACUUUCUCUUAACUUCAACAAAUUACGACACUGCAUAAGAUAUCAAGUGUUAACUGUUGGCUAUUUAAGUGAUAGUUUGACUGUUAAAUCAAUGUAUUGGUGUGUGUGGCCAGCGACUUGUAUAGACUACCCUGAAUUUUCCAUGCCAUUUUCAUUAACUCCGUGUUCUAAGUCGUGCGCAUCCCCGAGCAUGUAACAAUAUCAACGGUAUGAAAACAAAGAUUAAUCUUUUUUAAGCAUUCAAACUUACGUCAUCGUGAUGACUGACCUUUUAUACUACAAACACCAAUCUGAGUUAAAAGUAUGCGUAAUUCCACAAUUUUAUGGUGUGAAAAUGCAAGCUUGUCCACGUUAGGGAAAUUAGUGCAAUAUACAAAAAAAAUGUAAUCUGGCAAAAUAAUUCAACAUGUCAAUUUUAAGAUGGUAUGUGUUUCCCACUCACAAACCAUUCCAACAAUGACCUCUAUUUCUCACUCAUUUAACCAUCGAGUAAAAAACGUAAGUUGACCUGAAAAGGGGUGGUGUUGGUGGCAGCCAGCCGUGACGACGGUGGUGGUGUGGGUUGGAGGGGCUUGUGGCUCGCUGGCCAACAAACGAGGCUUUGUCUGCGCUCAGAUUCAUGCCCUGCUAAUUGCAUUACAUAAGGGUGCAGCGGGAUGGUGCUGGGGCAACAGCUGGACCAAGGCUCACAGUAGAGGCAAGCUGUGUGCAAACAGACCACUCCAGCCUCUCCUCGGACAGAGGAAUGGGAUUUUUAAAAGUGAAAUGAAAACCACAAGUCUGCUUCAAACCACCCCCACGAAACUGAGCUGUUCAGAGCCCUGGUGUUGCAGCAGGCUCUCGUUCCAUAGCAUGUUUGGGUUUUAUGGAUGUUUGGUUUACCAGAGGAGCGCUUGGGUGUCUCCUUCAACCAGAGCGCUUUUCAUGAUAAAGCUAGCCAAUCAGGAGUGUUGAAAGUGCAUCCUUGAUACCUCUGCUGACCUGAGGUCUGGGUUUAGUUUAUGUGGUCUGGUCAUUCUAACCCCACAGAUUGAAUGUAUCAUGUUUGUUCAGAAAUGUGUUUUGAAUCUAGUUCCUUGAAAGGUUAAGGAAAGUGUUUUUUUUUGUCCUGCUGGAACUAAAACUAGAACCUUGCAAAUGCGCCUGCAUUAUUUGCUCAGAGGUUGUUCAGUUUCUCUGAAAGUAAACAGAAGCUAAUUUGAUCAAAGUAGGGCAGCCAGCGUCUAAGGAAUGUCUUUGUUCUCCUGUCCUGUGAAACUAGUGACCCACAUUUCUUUACCGUGAUCGGAAAGUAUUAUAACACCACUUGUUUGUCGGCGUUAUGCAACUGUGCUGGGCUUUCUUGGACUGACCCACCGACAAUCCUCUUUUCCUAGCUCAGUGUUUGGCCUAGUUUCACAUCCUACGCAGGCAAUUAUGCUGAGCCUGUAGCCUGCUCAGUCAGUCCACUGUGGGUGUUGAGCGCUAAGAACAGGCUGUCGCACAGGGCCCUAGUCAUCACUCACCACCCCCUACUCACUGGCCUACCCUACCUAGAUCAUUGCACAUAAUGUUCUCCAUGCCUCCUUACAUUUUCCACAGAACAGAGAUGUUUUGGAAAGCAGGGGCACUUAAAGGGCUCCUCUGCUUUACUAAGUUAGUUUAGCCCAGCGCUGACACAAUCUGCUGUCUACCAUGUGACACUCAUAUAGUGGCGUUUCAGACAGGCUUGUGCUUCUGUGCAGAGGGACAUGAGCCGUUAGCUGACUAGUGAGGCAUGCCGCAGUCCAAAAAAAGAAAUAUUUCAGGGACAUUGGACAGCAUAGACAUGUUUUCCUUUUUACUGUUGUACCCACAGCAUAUUACACUCUGCUCUGUUUAUUUAACAGCAGCAGUAGCUUCAGGUGGGGAGUUGACUGUUGUUCCCAGCCCAGGGCUAACUAACCCUGCUGUCUUGGUCUGUUUCCUGCAGUGUGGCUCGGCAGAGUACAUGGCCCCUGAGGUGGUGGAGGCCUUCAGCGAGGAGGCCACCAACUAUGACAAGCGCUGUGACCUGUGGAGCCUGGGGGUCAUCCUCUACAUCCUGCUGAGCGGCUACCCGCCCUUCGUGGGCCGCUGCGGCAGCGACUGUGGCUGGGAUAUGGGAGAACCCUGCCACACAUGCCAGGUAAGAAAGAAAGCCAAGGUCACCUCUGGCUGACCCAGAUUCUCUCGCUCUAGUUUCUCUCCCAUUUGUUUACCUUGUGCUCUCCAGAAACUGAAUCCUGUUUGUUUAGGAAGAAGUAUAAUAUUCCUAGAUGCACAUUUAAACAACUUUUAGACACCAUGUCUUACACACAAUUGUGAAAUUCAAGCUGUGAGUUUCCUUCGGUUCCUUACCAUAUGAUUGUAAAGAAAGCUCUUAUUUUUGUCCCUAGAACACGUUGUUUGAGAGUAUCCAGGAAGGGAAGUAUGAGUUUCCAGAAAAAGACUGGGCUCACAUCUCCUCAAGUGCCAAAGACCUGAUCUCCAAACUUCUUGUUCGAGAUGCCAAGAACCGCCUGAGUGCCGGCCAGGUUCUGCAGCACCCCUGGGUGCAGGGGGUAAGUCUCACUCUAUCUACCCACCCCACCCCCAGGCUUCUUGAACUUGUUGACGCACAUUUCAGUGGGUUUUUCGUCUAACCACCUGCUAAAACAUGUCUGCUUUUUUUUUUUAGGGAUUCUCUGACACACUGCCAACAUCCAUCCUACCUCAAAGGUGAGUUAAUCUUUGAGUCCCUGAGGGAUAUGUUCUGUAGUGUAUCCUGAUCACCUCCAUUAUAGGGAAGUACAACUAGUGUAACUGGAGUGCCAACUUCUGCAUUAAGGUUUUUGUUUGGUCUCCCCUCCUACCCUAUCAGGAACAGUGCCAAGGACCUGACGUUCUUUGCUGGCAAGGCGGUGGCCAUGAACCGACAGCUGGCUGAGCAGGCUGUGAUGGAGGAGCAGCAGCAGCAGCUUGACGAGGCUCCCAUGGUCAUCACAGCCAGUUCUACUUCCAUACGCCUCUCCCCUCCAUCCAACUCCAAGCUGGCCAAGCGCAGGCAGAGCCUGCUGAAGACGGGGCCCGUCUCUGCCUCCGAGCUCUGCCAGCUCCUCGCCCCCCUCGUCAUCACGUCAUCUGCCUGAACCACCGCCUUUGACCAUCCCUACACCGAUUCAGAUCUCCAGGAGACCGCUCAGCCUGGCCUUUCUGCCUCUACUUGACCCCAACUCCUCAGCCACACUCACUGACUGCAGGCAUGCCCACCUCUUUAACAGGAGAGACUGCUGCCAUGCCUGUCUCAAAGUGUAUUUCGGAGUGCAGAGCCCGCAGACCGAACGCACACAUCCCCAAAAUUCCUGACCAGCGCCGCGUACGCAUCCUCUAUUAAUUGAAAUGUGUUGACAGUUGGAGAAAAGUAGAACACUGCUGUGCGUAUACAUUUUGGACUCUGAAAAAUGCUUAACUGCCUUCUGCCCCACAGCAGCACUUGUAAAGCACAUUAGCCAGGGCCUGCAUACACGACACGUCCAGGCUGAGGGGCUACUGGGUCUUCUAGGGAUUUGGGGGGAGGGGUGGGGGCGGCGGUGGGCUCUUCAAACUGUUUUUAUUUUGUUGAGUCUGUGGCAGAACGUAUGAACCAAGCUCCAACGCCAAAGGACUACCUGUUGUGCUGCUUCCACAUGUUACAACUGGAUCCACUGUGAAUUAAGUUUCUGGUUUAUGUUCUCCAUGUCUGUGAAUGCCCCAUUAGCAGAUGCAUACACGCUUAUGCAAUAGCCAACAUGAAGGGUUUUACAUGUGGAGGGAUUCAGUGGAAAGAGUUCAGAAGGGUGGAAGCCAAUGCUGUCAGUGUCUGGUGCAGUCCGUUGUUUGGAUAAAUUCCUCUUCAUCUGAGCCUCCUCUGUAGAAGGUCUAAGCCCACAGUACAAAAGCUUGUGGCUGUGCCCAUGAGCCUCUAGUACCAGAGAAUGUAUCUAUAACCAGCCCUUAUUACGCUACAAUGCCUACCAAUGCAGUUUCAUAGAUGAAAUGAAUUAUGCCAAACUACCAAUCGCCAUGCAUCAUUCAAUAUUCAUCUACAUUUUCUGUUUUCAGGGAAUUCCUCCAGAAUAUCUACAAUGCAAUAGGGGUUGAGUUAAAUGUGUUUCGCCUGCCUCCGCAACAGUUGCUUUAUGCACCAACCUAAAGUUCUUGGCACAUGCAACUAAUUUGAUACCAGAUAAUGUGAACUUGAUUGGCCUGAUGCUACACUCAAUAAACAUGGAGCAAAAAAAUUGCAAAUUUGGUUACCCAUACCAAAGCCUCCCAUGCCAAAUGGUGUACUAAGUUAGUGUUGUCAUCAAACCAUAAUGUAAACAUAUAUUUUAGUUAUUUGACUGCUGUGUAGUGUAAAGUAAUUUUAUGCCAUGGUUGGCAUAAUAAUCUGUCAAGUUGAGGGGUUAGAAAUUUUAAAUUUUUUAGUCAUUUAGAAAUGCAAAUUUUAGCCGACGUGACUUAGCUAAUGAAUUGGGAUUUGUUCAGGGUUUAAUCAGGCUUUUCCGUUAAGAGGUUAACCUGCUAUUGACCUCUGUGACACCCUCAGGAGACAAUGGAAAAGGCUAUUAAAAAUGGAAAAGCAUUCCAGAAAAAAAGUAUUCCGAGGACAUGUAGCUGUAUUAAUUUGUUAUUUAAAAAGUUAACUAUUUUAUGUUUAACUCCAUGUUAAUGUUUAACUGUCAUGGAUGAUUUUAUUUUUUAUGUCAACCUCAUGCAGGUGCUGUUCAGGUGGAACACCAGAUGUUGUGUUCCAUUUUUUUAAGAUUCCUUUUUUUUAAGUUUUUUUUUUAGUGUGAGAUUGGGAAAGUGAGUUUUUUUUUUUUUUGUAUCUGUAGCUAAAUGAAUGCCCAGUGAAGGUUUUUUCUUUUUAUGUUAUUUUGUAUGUGAAAAUGUUGGCAACAAUCUGUUUUGAAACAAGUUUGGCUCUUUUAUGAAAUUGACAAAUUAUAUUACAGUGAUGGGUUCUCAAGACACUGUAGCCAAUGCCAAAGAGGGUAAAAGUCAUGAAAACAAGUGACAAUGCGCGCGUUCUCAUCACCAAGGCGUAAAAUGACAACUCAUGAAUGUCCAUGUAGUGUUACCAGCACUGCAGUUUGGUACUCUUGGAAUAUAUGGCUCCCUUGGUGUCAAAAGGCCCAUUAUGCCGAUAAUGGGACACUGAUUGUAAUCUUUUUAAGAAUCCUUUCUACCUAUGUAUGUUUCUGGGUUUUUAUGUCUUAUAGUAAGACUUACUUGAAUUUGUGUAUGCAGCUGUUUUCUUCUUUGUUUGGGAAACGACCUUGCUAUCAAGAAUCUGAACAAAAGCAUUAAGCUGAGUAAGGCAACAUUUUGGGUUGUGAAAAUGCCUUUCUCUUAAGUAUCAGAAGUUUCUCCCUAUGUUUUGUUAGGGUUGGGAUUCUCAGAUUUGCACAAAAAUGUAGUACUCUUAUAUCUACGGUGUGUUUCCUUGGUCAUAACCAUUUCUACUUAUGCAGUAGUUUUGGACUGCUUUUUAUUUGGAGAGAAUUGCUAGAAAUCCCUAGCCUCUUAUUUUUUACGUUGCAAGAUCUUUUUGAAACGACGUGUAAAAUGAGAAACGUUCAACUGGACAGUCAUAAUCCACUUCCCCACUAUUUGAAUGGAGCCCACAUGCAAUUCAUUUAAGAGUUAACAAUAACGUUGAAACAUUUUGUAUAAAUAUUUCUGUUUGAGUGAGGUAAUGUAAUAGCUUUUCUACUUGGUUCUCUACUCAAGCCUUGAGCCUGCUCUUCUCUUUGGAGUUGUUGCCACUUGUUUUUAACACUGUAUUUUCUCUCAGCCCAAAAUAUUAAGUUUUAUUUUUAUCAUACUUCUGAGACAAACAUUGAAUUUAAAUAAGCACUUUACUGUAAUGUGACUGAUUGCAGUUCACGCAAAGAAACAUGACUUGCAGAAUUUUGUAUUGUUUUUUUCUAAAUACAAUAAAAAUGCUUUGAACAUAACGAUUCUCUUGACUUAUUUUUGCUAUUUGUCUUAGGAGUGGUUAGAUGCCUUGGGGUCAAUUCAAGGACGUAACUGCAGAACCGUUCCAACAUGUUUUCACUUGUUAGCUGGCACAAUCACCACAGUUCAUCAGGCUGAAGUCAUUUGACGAUCUAUUCUACUGUAAAUGGUGCUAUCAGAUACAAAGCUGAGUAAAGGACACAUUUUGAUCUUUGCUUGGGGUCUGUUAAGUAAUAUUUACUAUCAACCUAGUCACAUGUAAUUGGUUUGGUCCUGAGUCCGAGGUGUUAAGGAUUCAUGACUGUCUGUUCACACAAGGCAACUGACGCAACUCCCUGUAAGCGCUGCCACUGUUCCCCAGGAGAUCUGUUGGUGUUGCUGAUCAACCCAGGGGCUGAGGACACUGAAUGCCUGCUAAUACUCAGCACACAAGUCAUAUGCUCAGAAUCUGAUACUGUAAUUUUCCAUUUGCUCAACAGAAUGUAGAAAAGGAAUGUCCUAUUAUAUAACCGACGCACUACUAACCCAUUGCGCAAACAUCACCAGGGAUAUCAAGGAAAUUAUGCAAUGGCAAUGUUAGUUUGCUUGGGGAUGAGCUAUAGCUGGCUUGGUACACCAGUUUCAGAGCAGUGCUCAAAUCUUAAGUAUGUCUCCCCCUAGUGUAUACUUUCUAAAACUACUCCAGUGUGCCAAAAAAUAUUGCACACAACCAAAUGGGUAUUUAUUUGAUAUGUUGGUCAAAAUAAACUAGGAGCACACCUGUUGAGUGAAAUACACUUUACUCCCUUCAGGACUCCUGUUAAGCUGUGGGAGUUGUUCUGGUGUUCGUUACUCAUUUGAGGUCUGAGGUUCUUUGGGCUCCACAGGGACAUCCUUAGCCUUAGAGGCCGCUGGGGGGUGUCUCUUGUCCAGGUUUUUGGCCACAGCCUCAGGAACCUCAAAUGCCUUCAGAGUCCAUUAUCCGUUUUGGGUAACCCCAGUUCUUGUGAGCUUUCUUUUUGCUCACAUUGCCCUCUAAAGCCUCUUUCUGUUCAUCAGUCAAAAAUGGUAAGUCACUUGUCAUUACCUCAAUGUCAUACUUGGGCUUUGGGAAAACCCUGCUGUGAUCCAUCUUUGGUGCCUUGGGUAUGAGGGCAUCAAGAGACUUCUGCACCAGCUGAGGCAGACCCCAGAGGUGUUGGAUUUUUUUGCAUUUGAUGUGGAACUCUAGCUUGUCUCUAAUUUCUUUGCGGAUAAAAAGUGUCUUUGAGCAAUACAAUUCAAACUCUACCUCUGACACUUCCUUCGGCUGAGGAGUUUCUUUGGGUGUGAUCAGUUCCAUGGACUUGCUGAAGAUGGUGGGCGCUCCCAAUACAUUUGCCAAAUGCUUCUGUUUCAGGUUCAUUUCAAUAAGUUUAAUGGAUGCCUUUCUCAUGAAUAAAACAUGUUUCACUCUGGGUAUAGGGAUGCGCAUACCUGGUCCGACUAGCUUCUUCACCAAACUCUUCAGAGGAACCCUUUCCUGUGGCAUAGACAAUAUGAUUUCCAGGCACUUGCUCUUCAAUUCCAUUUCAAAUUUGGUCCUGGGAUCAGCUGUGCUAACUUCCAAUGCAUCAGGUCGAGUGGCUAUAUCUAUGACAAGAACGCUGCUACAUACACUUUCCUCAGUAGAAUAAUCAUCACACUCAGUUGACGUUGCAGAGAGAGAUUUCUCCCCCUCUGUUUCUUGACCUGGUGAUGUUACUGUUAUUGGCUCUAUCUCACCCUGAAGUUGUUGGCAUGUGAUCAGAGGCUGGAAAAUGGUUUCAGCGUUACUGUCCAUCAUCAGAUUUCCCUUGUCCAUACUCUUAUUUCUCUGUUGACACUUAGCGGCUUCUGCCCUAAAGGCUUUUAUACACUUCAAAGCAAGCUUGGGAAGAGCCCACUGCUUUUGUAUCACUUUAUGCUUCACAUGACUCUCAAGUCUGUUCCUUACCUCCUGGGGGAGGAAUGGGGUUUCUACACCAUGGAAAUCCAACUCAACUGGCUGUAGUGUGACCGAUGUAACCUCCUCGGCUGCCUUCUUCCCCAGGGAGUCUGAGUAGAGAGUACGCACUCCCAGUAGGUGCUGUAGUCGGUUUUGCUUCAGAGUCAUCUCAAGGAAAUCAGUUGUUUCCUCUCCAAUCAUACGGAUUAAAAAUGAUCUUGGCUUGGGAUAUGCAAAAAGAUGGACCAAACAUUCAGGAGGACGAUGAGUCUUCACCAACCCUGGACAUACUUUUAAACCUAAGGGCUUGCUAGAUGUUCUAGUCUCCAUCUUUUCCCGUUUCGGAUCUUUCUGACCAUUGAUUGCCACCCGGGAUAUAUCAGUAGUGUUCUUUUUUUUUUAUGUGGUCUUUGCGUUGUGAUGCUGGUCGGGAUCUAAAAUGUUGUCACAUACCAUAGGUUGAUGAUUUUCCUCUUCAACAUUGAAAAUAAGCUCAGGAAUCCUCUUUGUGGCCUGCUUCAGUCUUUCUGGGAGUAGCAUCACAAUAACUUGAACCAACAAUAUGGCACGUCUCCAUAACCUGCGUAUGGUCCUUCGGCGGAUACUGUGCUCUAGACUGUGCCUCCACUGCCUCAACUCUGACCUGCCAGCAGGACCUUUGUUAGUAGAGGAUGGCUCAUCCUUAGAAACCAACGGUGGAGCAUGGACCCUUUCACUCAUCCCAGAUCUUGCAGACACAAGAGUGGAUAGAUUGGAUGUUGAGCUGAGGGAGGACCAGGAGGUAAAUGAGCUGAUAGAAUCAGAUGACCCCAUAAUGUUCAGAGGCCAAAAGCUGUACUCAGUCUCACUGCUGGUGGUGGUGUCGUUUCUGGACUCUGGAGUGUCCACUCUGAUGUUGACACACCUGUCACCAUCAUUGUUGCACAGGUGCAUAGACCUGCACUGUUUGCAGUCAGACGGUAACUCGACAUGACGUUUGGAGGAAAAUGAAGGUUCUCUUUGUUUCCAGUUCACUGGCCCUGUCAUAGAAAGAGUCAUAUUCAUUGUCGUAUUCAGAGUAGUAUUUCGUAGCAGGGCGAUAAUCUGAGCUGGAGUCAACAUAGGAAUCUGGAGGCUGCCUCCGCCAUGGCUUCCUCUGUCUUCUGCUCCCACACCUGAUCUUGUGCACAGUGUUCUCCGGCAGAUCAUCCAGUUCAUUCACAUGGUCUAAGUAGCUACUGUAUAGAGUGUAGCUCUGGGAGGUCAAAUCCUUCAGCAUGUCCCUUGUGAGAAAAAAUACCACUGAUAUUAGUUUUAAAAAAUAAAAGAAAUGUAUGACAUUUCUUAAGUGUUGGCUAUAGCACACACAAACACACACACAUACACCAUAGGAGGCUGGUGGGAGGGGCUAUAGGAGGACAGGCUCAUUGUAAUGGCUGGAAUAUAAUAAAUGUGGUUUCCAUAUGUAUGAUUUGUUCGAUACCAUUUCAUUAAUUCAAUUCCAGCCAUUACAAUGAGCUCAUCAUCCUAUAGCUCCUCUCACCAGCCUCCUCUGUCUCACACACACACACACAAACAUGUUUCUAAACUUACAAAAAAUCUGUGUCAUCAUAGUCUUCAUCAUUUCCUUUCCAUAGAUCCCAUAAGCACCACAGUAUGAUGCCUGAGCAAAACAAAAACACAACGAUCUUGACAAGGAUUGUCACAUCAAGACCUAGGAACAGAGGCCGAGAAGAGAAAUUCUCACCGUUCCUGAAAGAAUUAUUUGCUGUAGCAAACAUACUAGCGAUCAUCUAGGCCUGCUACAUUUAGUGUUCAGCAUUUGCCCCAUUAAUGGCGCGUUUUGAAGGUUGGUCUAACGGUGAGCAAAUGUAGCAAGAACAUACAGUGGAUACGCUCUAAUAAUGACUAUACCAUUACAGUUAGAGCGUCAUAAACUAUUGCGUAAUGCCUUCUAAUUUGUGACACAGUUGACACACAAAAACCAUUUCAAGCGAAGCCAACGAAGCAUACACAGUAAUAAAAUGCAUACAUUUACUUCAAUGUCUAGCCCACGUGUCAAACUCAUUCCAUGGAGGGGCGAGUGUCUGCGGGUUUAUGCUCCACCCUUGUACUUGAUUGAUUAAUUAAGGUCACUAAUUAGUAAGGAACUCCCCUCACCCGGUUGUCUUGGUCUUAAUUAAUAGCAAAAAACAAGAAUGAGUUUGACACCCCUGGUCUAUCCUAAUCAUGACAAACAUAUGGGAGGGCUAUGUCUAUAUCAAAUCAUUUGCAUAAUUGAUUGGCUUAAUUGAUCGGCUUGACGUGCAGGGAACCAUGUAGGCUACAAAAUGGGAGAGUUUACUUUGUAUGCGCGAGUUGGUGACUGAAGUUGAGCUCAGGAAGGUAUAGUUGGUUUUUACUGAUGUCGGUACCAUUCUGUAGGCGUAUUUUGUGAACAUAGGGCGCUUUGAUUUAUUUGUUUCUAGCUCAGGCUGAUACAGAGAGACUCAUCCAUGCUUUUAUUACAAGCAGACUUGACUACUGUAUUGCUCUCCUGUCUGGUCUACCCAAGCAAGCCAUUGGUCAACUGCAAAACGUACAGAAUGCUGCAACAUGGGUACUGACCAAGACCAGAUGGAGAGCACGCAUUACACCGGUUUUAAAAUCUCUGCACUUGUUGCCAGUGAGUUUCAGAAUUACUUUUAAGGUUUUUCUAUUGGUUUUUAAAUCAAUCCACGAUUGUGCACCCCAAUACAUAUCAGACAUGCUUUUGAGUUAUGUACCCAGUAGGUUCCUCUGGCACUGGCCGUUUUAACUAUCCCAAAGCCUAGGACCAAGAGGCAUGGAGAGGCAGCCUUUAGUUGCUAUGCCCCCAACCUCUGGAAUAGCCUGCCAGAGAACCCGAGGGGUGCCGACACUGGACAUAUUUUGAAAAUAUCUUAAAACACACCAUUUUAGCUUUGCUUUUUAGUCUUUCGGUUAUUUUUUUAGUUGUUUUGCCUCAUGUUUGUGUAGUAUAUAUUUCGGUUUUUAUUUUCAUUGUUUUAUUAGUUUUUCCUGUGAAGCCUGUUGCAUUAAUGUUUGAAAUGUGUUAUAUAAAUAAAGCUUGAUUUGAUAGGGUUAGGCUAUAUUGAGUUUACAGACCAUAUCCUAGAUUGUAGGCCUAAUCUAAUUUGGGCAAAAUUCGGAGUACUAUUUUGGCUACAAAAACCUGCUUGAAGAAUCAGACUAAACGCACGUAUUUUGAUGCGAUAUGUAAUCAAGCUUUUAACAGAACAUGGCCCAUUUGGGGUUGAUUGAAACAUUUUACAGCCUUUCUAAAAAAAAAAAAAAAAUCAAUCUCAAAUCAGUGCAAUUGAACUCUUCUCAUUCUUUAAUUAUCUUCUACAUUUUGUUAUGUUUGAUUAGGAUGAGUGCAGUUGCUUUUCAAGAUGCCAGCUGUUCUGAUGACCAUAUAAGGACUGGGUAAAAGUGUGAUGGAAAAUUAUUGUGAGAAAAAAAAUGGUGUCUGGUUUCAUUGCUCUUGUUAAGAUCAGAGUCGAACAAGUGUUAGGCUAUACAAUUCUGCAGCCCACUUAGAACCAAUGAUGUAUAUAAGAACUGAACAAGUUAGUCUGACCUUGGACACACAACACGUAGUAGAAUUCAAAGGCCAAUCUAGUGUAUGCUACAAUAUUCUUAGAAGAAGCUUGAGGUAGCAGGGUGACGCAAUGGGUUCAUUUUCAUAGACACUUUUGUAAGUCCUUAGUUACAUUUUAACUAUCAGAUAGCAAAUGUUAACACACGUUUUAAUGGUGAGAAAUGAAACAAAUCAAACAUUUGAACAAACGCAGGCCGUGGGUACUUUACACGCUGAUGCCCUGGACUGAAUUUGCACAGGCAAAUAUUUAGCGUUCUAAAUGACGUAGAUAUGUGCGACAUGUGGGGCUUUUUGUGAGAGUUUAUUUGGCCAUCCAACAUGGCGUCGUAGGGACUGUUAUUGUUGUAUUGCACGUAGCUAUGUGAAUCCAAGUGGAUUCAUGUCCAUUUACUCAAACAAAAACAAAAAAACUAACUACUACACCAAAUUGUGUCGGUCUCGAGUCUGCGGGAAUGAGAGAGGUCAGGGAAGACUAUGCUGAGAUCCACCGGUUUCUUCCGUGGGAUUGACUGCCCGUUUAACACGGAUAGUUGCAACGUGAAAAGCGUCAAAGAUGGGUGCGAAAGACCGUACUGUCACUUCAGACACAGCCAACAGAGACCGGCGUCUUAUGUAUCAAAUGACAUUCGAAAAUCAAACGAGUUUUACUCCAAACAAAAGGGUGAGUUGCAUUUAUAUUGUAUUAAUAUAAUAUGGCUUACGUUAGCUAGCUAGCGAGUGUACAUUAUGUCGCAGUGGCUGCAUAGUGUUUAACUUGCUAAAUUAUUCCCUGCCUUACUAAAGGGUUGACGACACAAUUGCAACUUGUACAUUAAAUGAAUCCUCCGAAUCGGCAAUACUGUGUAAUUUCUUAGCUGCAUUAACUAGUUAGCUUGUUAACUAGAGUAAAGUCAAAGUGAUAUACCGGGUAUGUGGUGUCCGGAUGUUAACCCUUUUAAUUGGAAUAAUUCUGCGUCUUGUCUCAAGUCACGUUUGUUGACAACGGCAUUUGAAACCUUAUUUCACUCCAAGGUAGACCGAAUAGAACGUAUUCAAUUGAACUGUUACAGUACUGUAAAACUGUACAUUAUUCUUACCAUAGAAAAUUCUUGACAAUUUGCUAAUUCUAAUCUGUAUCAUGGCUCUCUCCAGAGCAAUGUGGCUAUGACCCAUUCAACCCAGAGGUAGUGAGACCUGAGGAGCAACAGAAUGGGGAGCCUGCUGCUGCCACAGUGGACAUGGGUGCCCUGGAGCUUGAGUUGGUCAAUCGCGCCAUCGAGGAGGUACGCAGUGAGGUGGAGCGGGAAAAGAAGAAACUCUCACGAAUCGGGGACCAGGAAUAUGACCCUACCGCCAGUUCCCCCAAAGUGGUGGCUAAAUGGCCAAAACCACCGGCCUUGGCAUCCCACUUGGCGUAUGACCCAGGCAGUUAUCAGAUGACUACAACAGCUGAUUAUAACCCUACCCCUCGCUCCAGGAAGUACACCUUGGACUCUGACAGCAAGGACAACCAUGCCAGCUCCAUGGAAUAUGUGCCCACCUCAGUUACCAAAACAGCUGUGAAAAAGCCUGUUCCCCGAACACAAACUCCUCAUCUUCACUCUUUGCCUACUAGUCCUAAGUACUCCACUAUUGCAUCCUGCUCCAAGAAUAAGUACACAGUGGAUAAUUCUAAACCAUCCACAGACAUGGAAUAUGACCCUCUCUCCAACUAUUCAGCUAAAAUUGCUGGCAUAAAUAAGAAGAACCAGAGGACAGGUGCUACUCUGGGCGAAGGGAAAAAGAGACCUCACCUAUCAGGGACUGGAAAGCGGUCAACAGAUGAGGAAUAUGUGCCAACCAUUAAGAAGCCACGGCAGGUGAUACCAGACCUACUGAGGUACACUGCCAGUUUCUCUGAGUCUGAUGAAGAGAGCUCUGGGACAGAGUAUCGACCCACCUCUCUCAGCCGUCUGCAGAGGAGGAAGAGCAGCAGUGGGUCAGUGGAGGAAGGGAAAGGAGAGGGGACAGAAGGAGCCGUAGGUGGGCUGAAACAACAGAGUUGGAGUCGGGAGUCUAAAAAGCAGCAGGACACUGCACACUGGGAGUCAGAGGACUUGGAGAACCAGGAAGUAGUAGCUAGGCAGAAUGACAAGCCAGAGACUGAAAAAGUGCCAGGUAAAACCAGCCAAAUGAAGAGCAGCAAAGUAAAGAAGGUGCAUAAAUCUGAAAAGGAGUCCAGUAAAAAGAGUGGUGGUGGUAGUAAUAGUAAAAAAGGAGCAGGGGACGUUGAGAAAGUAAGUGAUUUAAAGAAAUCAAGCCACGAAACUGCAAAGAAGGACAGCAAGAAUCAGGGAAAGAGAGAAGAGAAAGGCAAGAUAAAGGAUACAUCCAUAGACAAAGGCAAGAAGGAGGGAAAGGAAGAAAAGAGAAGUGAUGGAAAGAGUAAGAUAAGGACAGACAAAGUUAAAGGGGAGUCAAGCAAGAGAGAGAAUGAGAGAGAAAAGAGGGGUGGGGAUAGUAAAAAACAGAAGACUUCAGACAAGGAAAAGGACUCUUCUAAGUUUAAAGAACACAAGAAUGGUAAAUAUGACGGCAAUGGAAGAGAAAAGGACUCGAAGAAAGUUAGCAAAAGGAGUUCUAACAGCAGUAAAGACAAGGUGAAGAAAAGCAGCAGUAGCUCCUCUGAUGGUAAAACAGGAAAGGUGGAACAAAGAUCUCUGAGUCACGUAGAUCUGUUUGGUGAUGAGAGUGUAGAGGAGAAAAGUGAGGAGGAUGAGGAAGAGGAGACAAUUGUGAGGAAGUCAGCUGCUGCUUUCAAGAGGGGGAGUUUGAAUAGGAGGAAGGUCUCAGAGCUCACCCCCUCAUCCUCAGAGGAUGACGACGUUGGUGCGGAAGAUGACGGGGGCUAUGAUGACAUGGAUGACGGUGGGGUGGACUACUCUGGUCUGCAGGUGGACAUGGACUUUGACCUGGAUAAUGACCCAAUGGAGGAGUGCUUACGGAUCUUCAAUGAAUCCAAGGAUGUGAAGACUGAGGACAAGGGAAGGCAAGCCAAGGUACCCAUAGAUUGCCAUGUCCCUUCAUUGUAGCUUGUUUUGUAUAAUAUUUCCUUAGCUUAGCAUUCACUGCUGUUUAUCCUGUUCGUUCAGGUCAGUAAUGGUGUCAUUAUUUUAAGAAUGGGACUGAAUGUAAUGUUUUUGUGUCUCCAAUAUUAUACUUAACAAAAAUAUAAAUGCAACAUGCAACAAUUUCAACUAUUUUACUCAGUUACAGUUCAUUGUGUACUCCUGAGUGGCGCAGUGGUCUAAGGCACUAGCAGUGCUAACUGUGCCACUAGAGAUCCUGGUUCGAAUCCAGGCUCUGUCGCAGCCGGCCGCGACCGGGAGACUCAUGGGCGGCGCACAAUUGGCCCAGCGUCGUCCAGGGUAGGGGAGGGAAUGGCCGGCAGGGAUGUAGCUCAGUUGAUAGAGCAUGGCGUUUGCAAUGCCAGGGUUGUGGGUUCGAUUCCCACGGGGGGCCAGUAUAAAAAAAAUAUGUAUUCACUAACUGUAAGUCGCUCUGGAUAAGAGCGUCUGCUAAAUGACUAAAAUGUAAAUGUAAAUAUAAGGAAAUCAGUAAAUUAAAUUAAUUAGGCCCUAAUCUAUGGAUUUCACAUGACUGGGCAGGGGCGCAGCCAUGGGUGGGCCUGAGAGGGCAUAGGCCCACCCACUGGGUAGCCAGGCCCAGCCAAUCAGAAUACGUUUUUCCCCACAAAAGGGCUUUAUUUAAGACAGAAAUACUCCUCAGUUUCAUCAGCUGUCUGGGGAGGCUGGUCUCAGAUGAUCCCGCAGGUGAAGAAGCUGGAUGUGGAGGUCCAGGACUGGCGUGGUUACACGUGUUCUGCUUUUGUGAGGCCGGUUGGACGUACUGCCAAAUUCUCUAAAACGAUGUUGGAAGUGUCUUAUGGUGGAGAAAUUAACAUUACAUUCUCUGGGAACAGCUCUGUUGGAUAUUCCUGCAGUCAGCAUGCGAAUUGCGCGCUCCCUCAAAACUUGAGACAUCUGUAGCAUUGUGUUUUGUGACACAACUGCACAUUUUAGAGGCCUUUUAUUGUCCCCAGCACAAGGUGCGCCUGUGUAAUGAUCAUGCUGUUUAAUCAGCUUCUUGAUAUGCCACACCUGUCAGGUGGAUGGAUUAUCUUGGUGAUUGAGAAAUGCUCACUAACAGGGAUGUAAACAAAUUUCUGCACAAAAUUUGAAAGGAAUAAGCUUUUUAUGCGUGUGGAAAAUGUCUGAUCUUUUAUUUCAGCUCAUGAAACUUGGGACCAGCACUUUACAUGUUGUGUUUAUAUUUUAAUAAUAAUAAUAUAUUUUAGUUCAGUAGAUAUUCGUAGAAUAUUGUAUGAAAUGUACUGUACAUUUGCCCAAAGUUUCUCUCCCUUCCCAGCCCUCUAAAGAUUCAGAGGAUGAGGAUUCCACUGAGAGCAAUCAAACCACUCUUUUCCCCGGUCAGAGGAAAAGGGUUUCACAUUUCUCAGCCAAAGGAAGUGUGAGUUUGUUCUCUGGUAUUUACCCACAUAUUUAUGGUAACUCAAGCAGCAAAAAACCUUUCAUUGAUUACAAACUGGAUUCUGUGUUUCAGACUGAGGCAACCCCGAAGCCUCCACCAUACAGGAGACUGACUGCCCAGGAGAUCUGUUACCAGCGCAUGCAGAUAGCACAGCAGCAGGCUGUUCAGCUGGCUGCAGCUGUGAAGACUGCCUCCACACCCAGGCCAAGUCCCAGCCCCAGCCCCUUACUUGGGGAGAGGAAGAGAGUAGCCCACCGCCCCACCCCUUUACCAUCCUCCUCCAAAUCUGGUAGGAAAGCUUGGCCUAAGGCCUUUAUUUAUUUCUUAUUGUCGAGAAGGAACCUGCAAGUAAGCAUUUUGUUGGACGGUGUAUACCAUGUGUAUCCCGUACAUAUGACUAAUAAAACUUGAAACUUAACUAGAAACGUCUAUCUUCCAGGUCAUCUAACACAGUUUGUAUACAUUACGAUUGCACAAACAAUAUGAGACCAGAAAAGUGUAAUUUAAGGUCUGUGUUGUUGAGAAACCUUUCUGUAUCUGACUGAAGGUCUUGCUGAGGCAAAGUCGGCGGGCAGCAGAGUGUUGUCGCCCACCUGUACCCUCCCAGCAGGUCUCUCUGUGAAGGCCCAAACAUCUGCCGGGAUCCUGUCAAAGACCACCACCACUAUUGCACAGAAGAGGGUGGCACACACUCCCACAAUGAAGGUAAUGCCAGAUAUUGAUAUUAUGCCAGAACAGCCCAUAAAAUGGGCGUCCAUGUAAUUGACAUGAUUUUUCUGUUCUCAGAGCUCUGCAAUGAAGCGGCCAGUUAUUCCCACCGAGUUUGGGGCCAAAGUGCCCACCAACGUCCGCCAGCGAUACCUCAACACAUUUAUAGAUGAGUGUAUGAAGUUCUGCCCCUCUGAAGAUGUGGCCUUCCAAAUGGUAUGUGAUACCACACAUGGUUAAACUGAUUCAUCAUCAAAUUGAUCCAUGUCUACAGUAAAGUAUGUGUGCUCAUAGAACAGCUAGUGGUAUCCCAUUUCAGAAAAGGGUGGAUGAGUUAUGUUUGUGAAAUAUUUGAUGUGGGUUCAGGUGGUUUACCCAUUCACAUUUUUGGGAGCUUAUUCAUAGUGUGCAUUGAAAGUUGUAACAGCGGACGGUCUCUCUAGGCCCUGCAGGAGGAGGUGGUGGUGUAUGACCGGAGCAGCAGUAAGAACAUCUACCUCAACGUGGCAGUCAAUGCACUGAAGAAGCUACGCAGCAAGAGCAGCUCCCCCACCUCACUUAUUGCCAGUAUGUCACUGAUAACAUACAGUAUCCAUGUAGCAAUUACAAACGGAUGGUGUUUGGUGUAGUUGCAGUGCUCCUGUUAGUCAUUGCCCUUUGGCACAAUUCUAACUUUUACCAUUAGGUGAAAAAAUACCAAACUGACUGUAGAUCAGUCUUAUCAGCCUGCUUGUCUUUCAGUGAGCCCUGCAGUGGUGGGGAACAGGAAGGCCCAGUCCCAUGAAGAAGUGCUGGGGGGGCGCCUUGCUGCCAAGACCAGCUUCACCAUUAAUAGGACAGGCAAGCAACAGGCGGAGAAACUCAGUGGUGAGUAGCUAGUCCUCUGGUUGGAGCUGGUAUUACUGGCAGUAGGGGUUUGUAUUCUAGCUAUGUUAUCUGGUCUGCUGUAGGUGCUACUCUGUACAGGAAACUGAGGGACUAUCUGAUGACGGAGGAACUGCUGCAGGAGAAUGGAUACCCUAGGCCACACCCUGAGCGCUCAGGUCGAGCUGUGGUCCACAACGUCCCGGAGAAGAAGAACGUUGACCGUAAGUCUUUACAAAGCACCUUCACACCCUCCUCAGUCUGGGGUGGAUCCAAUCCUUCUCGACCAGACACAUAAAAAAAUCUUCCCCUAAUCUCUUCUCAUUCCAAGCGUUUGCCAAGGUGUGCUGUCGAUGUGGGGCCGAGUAUAAGAUCAAUGCCAACGGCAACUGUGUUCACAAGGAGGAGUGUAAUCACCACUGGGGCCGUCUGCGUAGGCAUAAAGGUCUGUUUGUCUGUAUUCACUUUUGCAUUGUUUGAAUUUUUGCAUGCUGUAAAUGGCAAGAUGUUAGGAUUUGAAUGUAGUCGCCCAUUUUGGAUGAAACUAGUAAGGGCUUCCGUCCAUCUAUGAACAGUGUCGGGAGGCUGGGAAACCAACUACAACUGCUGCUCAGGAGCUGUGGGCUCUCCUGGCUGCUCCGUGUCUAAGGUAGCACACCUAGCAGUUCUGCUGCAUUGCAUUUAUGUGAACAGAACUAAUAUGGAUACUGAACUGUUAUGGGAACACAAGGGGGCAGUGUUGUCCAUGUCACAUUGUGACUGUGCUACUCAUUGGACCUGAUGCCUCCCCAGAAUACCAUCUCUGUGCUUAUAUUUAAGAAUGAAUAAAUACCACCAUUAUUUUUAAAAGAUGGUUUACUUGUCGUGGAGUUUCCUCCUUGCGUCUUGUCUGUUCAUAGCAACACGUUCAGGACGGACGCAAAGAGUCUUUGGAUGGCUACGUUCAGACCUUUGAGAAACAGCUUCCCCCGGACGGAAACGGUGGAGUCUAUGCCCUGGACUGUGAGAUGGUGAGCUGGCUGCUGCACUGCUUUCCUUUGGGCACAAUUAGCUGUUUGAGUGCUGAGAGUGGCUCUUAAUACCCUAUAUAAUGUGUCCUCUCUCUCGCGCCUCUGUAAUAGUGCUACACAAGGCAGGGUCUGGAGCUGACCAGGGUGACUGUUAUCAACUCUGAGCUGAAAGUAAUCUACGACACAUUUGUUAAACCUGAAAGCAAAGUGGUUGACUACAACACACGGUAAUGGAUACAGAAGGUCUUUGUUCAGUCUUGAUUGUGGAGAUAUAGCUAGCAUGCGCGUGCACACACACACACACACACACACACACACUAGGACAAAAUAACAAUAUUCAUCAUGUUUUGCACAGAUUUUCGGGUGUAACAGAGGAAGACCUGGAGAAUGCCAGGAUCACUCUGAGAGACGUGCAGGCGGUGAUGCUCAACAUGUUCAGCUCUGAGUCCAUCCUCAUAGGACAUAGCCUGGAGAGUGACCUCUUCGCCCUCAAGGUACACAUACACACUCCCCUAAUCUGAUUGCCCUCUGGUCAUUAUGUGUGUGUUUUGUAAUGUGGCCCACUCACUCUGUACCUCUCGCUGCUGUCUUCGUAGGUCAUACACAGCACUGUAGUGGACACAGCCAUCGUGUUCCCCCAUCGCCUGGGCUCUCCCUACAAGCGGGCCCUGAGGAACCUCAUGGCAGACCACCUCAAACGCAUCAUACAGGACAGCGGUGAGCAGCUAAACCCUCACUACACUGUUUAUUAUUGUUCCUAUGAUAUAUAUAUAUAUACUGAACAAAAAUAUAAACGCAACAUGUAAAGUGUUGGUCCCAUGUUUCAUGAGCCGAAAUAAUAGAUCCCAGAAAUGUUUCUCUCAAAUGUUGUGCACAAAUUCGUUUACAUCCCUGUUAGUGAGCAUUUCUCCUUUGCCAGGAUAAUCUAUCCACCUGACAGGUGUGGCGUAUCAAGAAGCUGAUUAAAUAGCAUGAUCAUUACACAGGUGCACCUUUUGCUGGGGACAAUAAAAGGCCACUAAAAUGUGCAAUUUUGUCACACAGCACAAUGGCACCGAUGUCUCAAGUUUUGAGGGAGUGUGCAAUUGGCAUGCUGACUGCAGGAAUGUCCACCAGAGCUGUUGCCAGAUAGUUUAAUGUUAAUUUCUCUACCAUAAGCCGCCUUCAGCGUCGUUUUAGAGAAUUUGGCAGUACGUCCAACCGGCCUCACAACCACAAACCAUGUGUAACCACGCCAGCCCAGGACCUCCACAUCCGGCUUCUUCACCUGCAGGAUCGUCUGAGACCAGCUAAUGAAACUGUGGGUGUGCACAACCGAAUAAUUUCUGCACAAACUGUCAAACAGUCUCAGGGAAGCUCAUCUGCGUGCUCGUCAUCCUCACCAGGGUCGUAGCAGACUUCAAUGAGCAAUUUCUCACCAUCGAUGGCCACUGACGCUGGAGAAGUGUGCUCUUCACAGAUGAAUCCCGGUUCAACUGUACCGAGCAGAUGGUAUGGUGUCCUUUGGGCAAGCGGUUUGCUGAUGUCAACGUUGUGAACAGAGGGCCCCGUGGUGGUGGUGGGGUUAUGGUAUGGGCAGGCAUAAGCUACGAACAACUAACAUAUUUGCUUUUUUAUCUAUGGUAAUUUUAAUGCACAGAGAUACCGUGACGAGAUCCUGAGGCCCAUUGUCUUGCCAUUCAUCCGCCGCCAUCACCUCAUGUUUCAGCAUAAUGCACGGCCCCAUGUCACAAGGAUCUGUACACAAUUCCUGGAAGCUGAAAAUGUCCCAGUUCUUCCAUGGCCUGCCUACUCACUCAUUGAGCAUGUUUGUGAUGCUCUGGAUCGACGUGUACGACAGCGUGUUCCAGUUCCCGCCAAUAUCCAGCAACUGCACUCAGCCAUUGAAGAGGAGUGGGACAACAUUCCACAGGCUACAAUCAACAUCCUGAUCAACUCUAUUCGAAGGAGAUGUGUCACGCUGCAUGAGGCAAAUGGUGGUCACACCAGAUACUGACUGGUUUUCUGAUCCACACCCCUACCUUUUUUUUAAAGGUAUCUGCGACCAACAGAUACAUAUCAGUAUUCCCAGUCAUGUGAAAUCCAUAGAUUAGGGCCUAAUGAAUUUACAGUGUUUCAAUUGACUGAUUUCCUUUUUGAAAUUGUUGCAUGUUGUUUCUAUUUUUGGUCACAUGUCAACAAAUCCCUAGUAGGCCAUUUCUCUCUCUCUCUGGUUUCAGUUGAAGGUCAUGACUCCAGUGAGGACGCCUGUGCCUGCAUGGAGCUCAUGAUGUGGAAGAUCCGAGAAGACGCCAAGGUGAAGAGGUGACCUCUGCUCCACCCCUCCCCUCUAACCGGACCGCUGCAGAGAGACUGAUAGGGAGGGAGAGAGGCGGGGCGCUGAAGGCCCGGAGAGAGAACUGUCAGUCUGAGAAGCCAACAGCCCAGCACUUGACAAGAAAUAAGUAG